AUGAUCAAAUUAAUAUCAUUAUUAUUAUUUAUAUAUAUAUCAGUAUUGAUAUCAUUAACAAAUGGAAGAACGUGCAUAAUAUGUUCUAGUGAAUCAAAUCCAGCUUGUGCUGAUCCAUUUGAUUCAUCAAAUGCAUCAUUUAUACAAUUAUCAGGUUAUAUUUAUUGUCAAAAAAAUGUUUAUUCAAAUGGUCUUAUAACUCGAUUUGGUGGUUCAACUUGUUCAAUAUCAGAUAUUCGUGGUAUUACAACUGUUUAUUGUUGUUCCAAUCUCGACAGUUGUAAUUAUGAUGAUCAUCAAUUAACAUGUUAA